AUGAGUGAUCACAAUUCAAGUAGCCUAACCUUAAAAGAACGAAUGUUAAGUGCUGGUGCUGGAUCAGUACUUACCUCUUUGAUUUUGACACCGAUGGACGUCGUGAGAAUACGAUUGCAACAGCAACAGAUGAUUCCUGAUUGUUCAUGUGAUGGGGCUCCCGAGAUAACUGGUACUGUUGAGCGAGGAUCGAAACUAAAGACUUUAACGAAUGUYGGCGGACAGAACCUGAAUAAUGGAAAGAUAUUUUGGGAGAGUGCAUGCUUUCAGGAAUUGAACUGCAAGAACUCACCAUUAAAGUUCAACGGCACUUUGGAAGCAUUCGCGAAAAUCGCCAACGUAGAAGGUAUAACAAGUUUGUGGAGGGGUAUCUCUUUAACUUUAUUGAUGGCCAUUCCAGCGAAUAUGGUAUACUUUAGCGGUUACGAAUACAUAAGGGAUAUUUCUCCUAUAGCGACGACAUAUCCGACAUUGAACCCUCUCUUUUGUGGGGCCAUUGCAAGGGUUUUUGCAGCAACUAGUAUAGCGCCCUUAGAGUUGGCGAAAACCAAAUUACAAAGUAUACCUAGAUCUUCGAAGUCCACGAAGUCUUGGAUGAUGGUCAAAGAUUUAGUAAGUGAAACGAGAGAAGAAAUGAAAAUGGUGGGUCCGUCUAGAGCUCUUUUCAAAGGUUUAGAGAUAACUUUGUGGCRAGACGUUCCAUUUAGCGCAAUAUACUGGGGUUCGUACGAACUUUGUAAGGAGAACUUAUGGCUAGAUGCUAACCAGUAUUCACGGAAAGAUAGCAACUGGAUUCAUUUCGUAAACAGUUUUGCCAGUGGUUGCGUAAGCGGAAUGAUAGCUGCUAUUUGCACCCAUCCCUUCGAUGUUGGUAAAACAAGAUGGCAAAUAUCUAUGAUGAAUAAUAGUGAUUCGAACAGAGUUCAUAGAUCCAAAAAUAUGUUCAAGUUUCUAGAUACCAUACGGCGUAGAGAAGGUUUCGCUGCUCUCUACACAGGCUUGGCUGCCAGAGUGAUUAAGAUAGCACCAAGUUGCGCUAUUAUGAUAUCCAGUUACGAGAUCUCCAAAAAUAUAUUUGGUAAUAAAUUGCAUCAAUAA